AUGUCUUUUAAAUUCUGGGAAUGCGAACCUGUAGCAAAACAAGGUGAUAGGGAAUCACGCCGUUUAUGGAGACAUGUUACAGUUGCUUUGCAAAAAAAUAAUAUACAACUUGCUACUAAUGCAAAGAGAUGGAUUGAGCAAAGGCAGCGUGAGGAAGCUAAGAAGCGACAGGAUCAGCGAAUUGUUUAUCAUCCUAUUUUGUUUGUUAAAGAAGGCGAAGGCUGGAAGUACAAAGAUGAAUUACGAUAA